GGCGGGGACUAAGGAUUGUGAGGUGGGGAAACGCGACUUUCUGGAUUCUUUAUCCGGUAUUUUAAGUGCAGCUGGGGAGCUGUCGUUUCUGCAGCGUUGAGGAGCGGCUGGGGCGGGAGGAGCGGCGGCGGCCACUGGGGCGCGGAGAGUAAUACAUUUAAUCUGAGUUCUUUGAAAAAGCGGAGAAGAAGAACUAAGAGGAUAGUACACAAGGACUUUCCAUUUUGCAUAAUAUUUCCUUCAUGGAUACAUUUCCGUAGCAUUAUUAUGUGAUGUGAGAAGUUUUUUUUUUUUUUUUUUUUGAAGUAACAUGGAUUUUAUACUACAGAAUCAAGAGAUUGGCUUUAUGGGAAAAAUUGAUUUCUAAAAAGUGGUACAGGUUUUUAUAGAUAACCAUGACAACAUCCCAUAUGAAUGGGCAUGUUACUGAGGAAUCAGACAGCGAAGUAAAAAAUGUUGAUCUUGCAUCACCAGAGGAACAUCAGAAGCAUCGAGAGAUGGCUGUUGACUGCCCUGGAGAUUUGGGCACCAGGAUGAUGCCAGUACGUCGAAGCGCACAAUUGGAACGUAUUCGGCAACAACAGGAGGACAUGAGGCGUAGGCGAGAGGAAGAAGGGAAAAAACAAGAACUUGACCUUAAUUCUUCCAUGAGACUAAAGAAACUAGCCCAAAUUCCUCCAAAAACUGGAAUAGAUAACCCCAUAUUUGAUACAGAAGAAGGAAUUGUCUUAGAAAGUCCUCAUCAUGCUGUGAAAAUAUUAGAAGUGGAAGACUUGUUUUCUUCACUUAAACACAUCCAACAUACUUUGGUAGAUUCUCAGAGCCAGGAGGAUAUUUCACUGCUUUUACAACUUGUACAAAAUAAAGAUUUCCAGAAUGCGUUUAAGAUACACAACGCUGUCACAGUACACAUGAACAAGGCCAGUCCUCCAUUUCCUCUUAUCUCCAAUGCGCAAGAUCUUGCACAAGAGGUACAAACUGUUUUGAAGCCAGUCCACCAGAAGGAAGGACAAGAAUUAACUGUUCUGCUGAAUGCUCCACAUAUUCAGGCACUUUUACUGGCCCAUGAUAAGGUUGCUGAGCAGGAAAUGCAGCUAGAGCCCAUUGCGGAUGAGAGAGUUUAUGAAAGCAUUGGCCAGUAUGGAGGAGAAACUGUAAAAAUAGUUCGUAUAGAAAAGGCUCGAGAUAUUCCGUUGGGUGCUACAGUUCGUAAUGAAAUGGAUUCUGUCAUCAUUAGUCGGAUAGUUAAAGGAGGUGCUGCAGAAAAAAGUGGCCUGUUGCAUGAAGGAGAUGAAGUUCUAGAGAUUAAUGGCAUUGAAAUUCGGGGGAAAGACGUCAAUGAGGUUUUUGACUUACUGUCUGAUAUGCAUGGUACUUUGACAUUUGUUCUGAUUCCCAGUCAACAGAUCAAGCCUCCUCCUGCUAAGGAAACAGUAAUCCAUGUAAAAGCUCAUUUUGACUAUGACCCCUCAGAUGACCCCUAUGUUCCCUGUCGAGAGUUAGGUCUAUCUUUUCAAAAGGGGGAUAUCCUUCAUGUGAUCAGUCAGGAAGAUCCAAAUUGGUGGCAAGCCUACAGGGAAGGGGACGAAGAUAAUCAGCCUCUAGCUGGGCUGGUUCCAGGGAAGAGCUUUCAGCAGCAAAGGGAAGCCAUGAAGCAAACCAUAGAGGAAGAUAAGGAACCAGAAAAAUCAGGAAAACUGUGGUGUGCAAAAAAGAAUAAAAAGAAGAGGAAAAAGGUUUUAUAUAAUGCCAAUAAAAAUGAUGAUUAUGACAAUGAAGAGAUCUUAACUUAUGAGGAGAUGUCACUUUAUCAUCAGCCAGCAAAUAGGAAAAGACCCAUCAUUUUGAUUGGCCCACAGAACUGUGGCCAGAAUGAAUUGCGUCAGAGGCUCAUGAACAAAGAAAAAGACCGCUUUGCAUCUGCAGUUCCUCAUACAACCCGGAGUCGCCGAGACCAUGAAGUGGCCGGCAGGGAUUACCACUUCGUUUCACGGCAGGCAUUUGAGGCAGACAUAGCAGCUGGAAAGUUCAUUGAGCAUGGCGAAUUUGAGAAAAAUUUGUAUGGAACCAGCAUAGAUUCUGUACGGCAAGUGAUCAACUCGGGCAAAAUAUGUCUUUUAAGUCUUCGUACACAGUCAUUGAAGACUCUCCGGAAUUCAGACUUGAAACCAUAUAUCAUCUUCAUUGCACCCCCUUCACAAGAAAGACUUCGGGCACUAUUGGCCAAAGAGGGCAAGAAUCCAAAGCCUGAAGAGUUGAGAGAAAUCAUUGAGAAGACUAGAGAGAUGGAGCAGAACAACGGCCACUACUUUGACACAGCAAUUGUGAACUCAGAUCUUGAUAAAGCCUAUCAGGAAUUGCUUAGGUUGAUUAACAAACUUGAUACUGAACCUCAGUGGGUACCAUCCACUUGGCUGAGGUGAAGGAAACAUCCAUUCUGUGGCACAGUUGGACUUGAUGUGGCAAACUGCCCAUAGGAAGAUAGCCCUGACUUCAGCAAGACUCUGAGAAGAUGGCAGGCAGUGUAAACGGUAGACCUGUUCUUAGAUCUUCAACUAGUGAGAAGAAAACCCCUGUAGGUGUUAUAACAGCAGUCUUUAUCUCUGUACAUGGCUUUACAGAUUCUCGCCUCAUUUGGGGAUUUUAAAUGGAAGUUUUCAGCGGAGCAGUUCCAUUUUAUACACAUAAAAACCUUGUAAUUCUGUUUUCACCUAACUAAAUCUUUUUUGACUAGUCAUAUUUCCAUGAAAAAUUUGUGUAUAUAUAUAUACAUGAUGGUCUCACAUAGUAAUAAAUACUCAUGUUAUUUAACAGUUAACUUAAAAGAUUUCAUGGAAAUGUGGGUGUGAAGGGAAACUGGUUCUGUGCAUUAGGCAAGAUAACAUCUGGUUAAAAGACCAGUGAUCAGAAAUACUUUUUUUAAAAAAAAUGGUGCCACUUUGGUCUGGAGCUAGCUACUCUGUUAGGCUUGAAUUCAUUUGUGUAUCUUUUAAUUCUUAAAAAUAUUCCAUUAGAAGCAUGAAUUUUUCAGCUCAAACUCUGUGGAUCAGACUUCAUAGCAGACUGAUCUAAAACAUAUACAACAUGCUGAUCUUUUUAAAGAUAAAAUGAUUUUCUGAAUUUUUUUUCUUCAACUAUUGCAACUGAUUUGAUAACUUCCUUUUCCUGACCUGCACAGUACAAUAGAAUGUGGUGUAAGUUACAUUUUUAUGAUGACUGGGCAGAUGUUAAUAUAAACUGUGUUGACUGUUAAAAGUUUCUUCAUGAUGCAGUUUUUUACAUACAUGAGAGGACUUAGCACAUUCGACAGUUUUUGCAUUUUAAUAUGAAUACAGUGUAAUAUGGUGACUGCUUUAUAUACAGGUAAAAAACUGGAAUUCUGUGAUCAAUAUGGCUGCUGUACUGUAUACUAAUAUUUAAUUAAAAAUGGUCAUUGAUUACACUUGUUCAGCAUUGGAAUAAAAUUGUAUGUAUGAGGGAAUAAUACGAGAGUUAACUUUGAGAGCAGAAGGAAAGGAUGACCUGAAAGUCACUGGAACAUUUUAGGAAAAGAACAUUGCAGAGGGAAAAGCUAAGUGUAUAGAAACAGGUUUUUAUCCAAAUAAGGUCUGCAUCUUAUGACCAGAAUGCAACAAGCUUGCUAAAUCAUAAAAUGUUUAAGCUUAUGGGAUUUUCUGUCUCUAUAGCUUGUAGCUUUGAAAUUCACCUUCUGUACUUGGCAUGGAAAAGUUAAUUUGUAGUGUUCUCAAGGUUCUAGAGAUGGUGUGAUGUGUGACAACCUCAAAUGUGAAUGUCUUGAUUUUAUUUUUAUGACUUUAGCUAUAACAUUUCCUGUACCCAAAGCUAAACACUGGAAUAAUACUGAAUUGUCACUUAAUUUAACAUAGGCAAUUGUUUUUAAUGAGUAGCUUGUCUCAGUGUCAUGUGUGUGUUUUCUUUUACAUAAUUUUAUUUGAAUAUGGACAGUUUAUAUGUUGCCUUUUUCUGUUUAAAUUUGCAUGGCCCUCAGAGUUGGCUGCGGAGUAUGUCUCUUGUGGAAAUACUUUCAGAAUAAUGUUCCCUAGGAAGAAAGUAACGUCCCUGGGUCGAGGGAAGGAAUGCCAUACAUGCUGUCUUUUCAGGGCUGAAACACUCCACUUUAUGGCAGGAAAAUAACACAGGUCACACUGAUUUUCAGCAAUGAAGACCAACGACUGUAAGUACUUAGUAUUUUCACCAUUCCAGUUUCUUUUCAGGAAGGAAAGGUAGUAGUCUAUGAUAGACAGUGGAGUUUUGUGAGCUACUUAACUGACAACUAUUUUCAACCCUAAGAUCUAAAAUGUUAGCGGUUUGAUUCAAGUUAGGAUGAGAUUUUAUGUGGUGUCAGUAAAUGGCUGCUGUGCUAGUCCCUGAAUUAGCCUGUAGACUGUAGGGCCACACGAAGGCCAUGUGCCGUGGCGACUAAGGCAUGGCUUUAACAAGCAAAUCCAAGUCCCCUACAGAGGCACAGGCCAUGUCACAGUAUAUCCUUAGAAGUCUAAGGAGUUAUUUUGGGGGUCACUGAAGUCCUAUAAUUCUUUCUCCUCAGCAGUGGCAGAAGGAUAGAAAUGGUUAUCUCAAACUUUCCUCAGUCCCAGUGCUAUGGAUGUGCUAAUACUCAACACAGUCCCUCAACAACAUGACAAAGGAGUUGUUGCAGACUUCCUUCAAAGAAAAUGGGAAAAAGUUGCUCUCCACCUGGCUGUGCUACAUGCUCUGGCCAGUUCCAUUUCCUCUCCCUCCCCAGUGUGAGGGAGGGCUUAACCACUUACAGAAUGAUACCAAUAGCUGAUGAAAUGCACAUUAGUUCAAAUAAGGAAAUAAUCUUCCUUUACUAAAUUUUCGUAAGUCAGAACAACAACAAAAAAAAAGAAUGGUGUUUAGAUUAAUCCAGAUUUGCUUUCUGUGAAAAUCUAAUGUCUGGAUUUUUUUUUUUCCCUUUUCUCAUCGCCUAAGGAAUAAAGUAUUGAUAAGCAAUAAUUUGAAUGUAAUUUUGUGAAUGUGUAUGGAAAAUAUAAACCAGGGAUUUAGCCUUAAUAAAGGUAACCUUUGACAUUUAUAUUAAUCCUCCUUUGUACUCUUAUCCUGCCUGUAUCUACACUGUUAUUUUGAGAUGUAAUACUGCACCCACAAUAAUGUAAAAAUAAAAAGUAAAAUUAUA